GGUGUCUGUCUCGUUCUCUUCCUUUUCUUCACCCAAUCCAAGUUGCAUCUGGGAGUAUCCCCUUCCUCUCGAUCUUAAACCUCUUGCCGCCCGUACUGCGAGAUCGCAAGGAAGGGAUCGUGGAGGCAGCUUAUUUGUCUUGCCUCUCUUGUUUGGAAGAGGACCGGACUGGAGAUCUGGGCACGAGAUGGCGGCGACGCAGCAGGCGCCGGAUCGCAUCGAUUCAGCAGAACCAUUGACAUCAUCAUUGUCAAACACUGAGCAGAAAACAGUUGAUAUUGACAAUUCAAGCAAACAGCCACCAUCUACCAAAAAUGAGAAAGCGGCAAUCUCUGAUGCUUCACAUGGUCCAAGUGACAUGGAUCACACGAGAGAUGUCCAAGGGAAUUUAAGUUCAUCUGAUCCAGUUCAUGUGGAUAACAUGGUGUAUCCACAACAUUCGUUUGCACCUCAGGCACAAUCCUUUUAUGGAGGAUACGAGAACUCAAUUAAUGAUUGGGAAGGUCAAUCUCAGUUUCUAAAUCUUGAAAACCUGGAAGUUGGUCAAACUGGCAUCUAUGAGAAUCCUUCACUGGUCUACACCGGCUAUGGUUACAGUCCUCAGAUGCCAUAUGGCCCAUAUUCACCUGUCACAACACCUCUACCUUCGAUUAAUGGAGAUGGCCAUCUUUACUCCACUCAGCAAUUCCAGUUCCCAGGCACAUAUUACCAGCAGCCAUCUGCCACCAACAUUCCAUAUAUCUCUUCUGCGACUCCUAUUCCACAAGCUGAUUGGAGAUUUCCAAUUGAUCAACAGGGUGCAUUUCCUGCUGAUAACACAAAUUUCAAUGCCCAGCUAUUCAGUCCAAGACCUGGGUAUCAACUAUCAUAUGGUUCUUUUGGUGGAGACUGGUUGAGAUCCCCGGAUGUAACAAGGUCUGCAACUCCGUUAUUAUCACCUGCUGCUUCGCCACAACCUAUUGGCGCUCACUCUUUUGGGCAAAGCACAGUUCCUUUUGGAAUGGGUUCACAGCAGCAGCGAUCCUCAUAUGGUUUUGGAUCUUCUAUAGGUUCUGUUGAUAGAGGAUAUCCUCAUGCUGGUGUAUAUCACGGUAAUACAUUUGGAACACCUUUUAUGAACUCGGGAAUUAAGGAUUGGGGAGCAGUUACUACAGAGAAAGGUAGGAGGCAAGGAAUCGGAAGUGCUCUGUUAUGUAAUUGCAAUGGCACUCUUGAUUUCCUUAAUGAACAAAACCGAGGGCCACGAGCAAAUAGGGCAAAGAAUCAGAUGAAUGAAAAGAAUCCUUCUGUGGACAAUCCAAAUAAUAGUUCUGCAAGGGUUGAUCAUAGUCUUUAUAAUAGCCCCGAUUUUAUGACAGAUUAUAAGGAUGUCAGAUUUUUCAUAAUUAAAUCGUACACUGAGGAUAAUGUUCAUAAGAGCAUCAAAUAUGGUGUUUGGGCUAGCACUUCCAAUGGAAAUCGUAAGUUAGAUUCUGCAUACCAUGAAGCAAAGAAGAAAGAAGAUCCUUGCCCAGUUUUCUUAUUUUUCUCGGUAAAUGCAAGUGCGCAAUUCUGCGGGGUAGCUGAAAUGAUUGGACCGGUUGAUUUUGAAAAAAGUGUGGAUUAUUGGCAGCAAGACAAGUGGAAUGGCCAAUUCCCUGUCAAAUGGCAUAUAGUGAAAGAUGUUCCCAACAAUUUGUUUCGACAUAUUAUUCUUGAAAAUAAUGAUAAUAAACCUGUCACCAAUAGUAGAGACACCCAAGAGGUGAAAUUAGAGCAGGGACUGGAGAUGCUUAACAUAUUUAGGAAGCAUGAAUAUGAAGUAUCAAUCCUUGAUGAUUUCGAGUUCUAUGAGGAGAGGGAGAAGGCCAUGCAAGAGAGGAAGGCCAUCCAGCAUCAGCUAUCCAACUCAGCAGGGCCUAUCCCAGCGGCGUUUCGAGAAGACCAAAGGAGCCCAGCCCCCACGUUCUCUGGCAGCCUUAUCGAACAGAUUUCAAAGAACUUUGCCCAUACGAUGAGAUUGGAUGAAAUUGGCGACCCUGGCCUAUCAAAUGAGAAAACUAACUCCUCGAGCAGUGCUGCGGCCUCCAAGCCCGAUGAUACGAUUAAACCAGCAACUUUGACUCCGAGUAGCUAGAAAGAAGUAUGAACCUCUUGCCAACUUUAGUACAGUGUAGUAGUCAUUGAUGGGCUGCUGAAUAGCCUGAGUUCUGGUAUUGCAGAAGCAGUUGUACAUUUUGUUGGCCACCAUAACUAAAAAGAAAAAAAAAGAAGGAAAAAUCACAUCUCUCCAUUUUGUUCCUUUUCCUGUAAUUUAAUUUCCUCUUUUACUGGCAACUUGAGCAGAUGUCAACCAGCUUCAGCUUCCCUAAAGUCAUUCUAAUGAGAGAUGAAUAAUUUGGCCUUUUGUUUUACUCCCAAUCCCCAAGUCUUAGCAUAGCAAUAUCUGUACCUCAUUAAUCACUCUGAAGAACAUGAGAUGUUGGAGUACAGACACUAACAUUUAUUUAUUUAAGGGAUUCUUGCUGCUUCUUAAA